GGCGUUAUGUAGGAAAACAGAUGAUUAUGUCUCACAGAUAUCUGGUGACACAUGUGUGUUUGGGUGGGCGUCGGUAACCUGAACUGCAUUGUGGAAAGUCGUCAUGCUUAUGGCUACAUUAGAGGUAUUUAAAUUCUGGAAACCAUCGUCACUUGUGCAGUGACUUGUUCAUCUAGGACACUCGCUGGUCGAUGACGAGGGCGUUCACAGAGAAGAGCUAAACAUAUCUCUCCGACAUAUACAUUGAGAAACAAACGCAGACUUUUGUGGAGCCCGAUGUCAACCAUCUUACUUAGUGGAGCCAUUGCUGUGGCGGCGAUAGCGUUUCUUGCGAUAAUGUCCACCGUGUUUGUUGGUCAGGAGGUAGCAAAAAGUAAUGACCCUGUCGAGUUCAGCACAAAUACUCAUCUUGAGGGAUUUGAUAUUACUGCCGAAGACCAGAAGCUGCGUGAUGAACUCAGUUACCGUUGGAUUAACCUAAGUGAAGGCGUGUCUGCUGAUGAUUGUAAGAAAGUUGAGGGGGAUAUGUGUUUAACGAACUUUCACUACCAUGGAUGUUGCAAAUCAAAGCCGCGAUUUGUAUAUCUUAGGACUGUUACAGCCUUAAAUGGAAGACAAUACACAUUGGCCCCUGCACAAGCGUUUUCGACAGAAACAUGCGAACAAUUACCAUAUUGCGACCUGCAGUGCGAGUGUACGCUGGUAGAUAAUAUGGUCAGGGGACAUACCGAAACAGAGGAAUUUGUAUGGUUCCUUCUUCCAUCUUGUUGUAAAUGUAUGAGUUAGUGAUAUACCCCUAAGCAUUAUGGACAAACAUCCUCUUUGUAAUGAAGCAAAAAAUAGAUA